AGGUUGUUGCGUUAUCAGUUGCAAGUUUAUUUCUUUUCGUUAGUCAACAGCGAGGUGUUUUUGGUUCAUGCACUGAUUUGCAGUUCAAAUCAUAAUGUCAGCGAAAACGGUACUUUUCCUCUGUUUGAUUCAAAUCCUUGAGACCAUAAGCUCUCUGGGGACAAAAACAUCGUUGGCUCUGAAUUGUGUCCAACCACAAAAAGCUGGAAUAUGUAGUCUUCGUUUUGUCAAAGUGUUAGAAAAAGAUGUUAUCGAUAGUGCUACCCAAGCAACGUCAGACAAGGUGAUACACAUCGAGCAGUCACAACUGGAGUACAUUCCGGAAGUUUUGUUCAACAGAUUUCCACAAAUGGAAACCUUUCAAGCGAUUGGUGUGGGGCUGAAAAAGUUUUCUGCCGAUGCUUUUGCCAAAUCGCCAAAGUUGAAGCUUUUGGACGUGUCGGUCAAUUCGAUUAGCAUCCUGCCGCAGGACGUUUUCGGAACAUGUCAGCACCUGGAACUGAUCAAUAUGGCCCAGAACAGAUUGCAUCUCUUCAAUGGAAUCGAGCUCAUAGGAUGCAAUAAGCUUCGUCAAUUAAACAUAUCAUCCAACCAACUUAUAUUUAUCAAUUGGGAUCCACUGAACGAUUUGCGUCAUUUAGAGCAAAUUGAUUUGAGUAAUAACUUGAUCUCCUCCGUUACAGUUCCAAGACAUGUAAAACGCAUUGUAGCCCGCAAUAAUCACAUCCAUAAACUGACCACUGAUUCAAAUUCCUUCAUAUUUUUGCUGGAACAUUUGGAUGCAUCGAGAAACCGGUUGAGCAAUAUAGAUGUUCUUGCCCGCUUCGGUAAGAUGACCUACAUAAAUCUCUCGUACAACCGAUUACUGAAUGUGGAUUUUGCACUGUUUAAAAACAUGCCUUCCCUCGUGGAGCUUAAUCUGGCCUAUAAUAACAUAUUCGUUGUAACGACGUCUGAUGUUAAGCUCAUUGCGCUCGAGUCGGUAGAUCUGUCAAACAACGAGCUGACGCGCUUAUCAGAAGCUGAUAGUAAGGGAUUCUCACAGGCGAGGAAACUGCUCUUGAACAAUAAUUAUUUGGUCAAAUUGGAGGUUAUGAAAGGUGCAAUCAACUUUCCUAGACUGCAGUCGAUUUCACUGAAUGGAAAUGAUUGGGCUUGUCCGGAUAUGGAGGCAAUGCUUACAGAACUAGGUGCAAAGAAAAUCACUGUCAAACCUACCGAUGAAGCAUGUGGAACUUAUCAGGUCAAGAAAAGAGAUUUAUGCUGUCGCGAUUUGAGCACUUCUUUUGACGAGCUUGUUUUGUUGGAAACACAAAAAUUAUCCGAGAUGAGACAAGUGGACCAAAGUAGAACAGUAUCAGCCUCGACCGUAAAACCAACAUCGGUGACGCGUCAGAAACAAGUUUCCGUUACAGCAAACAAAGAAUCAGUUUCCCGAUACUCUGAAGAGAUGCACAAUCUAUCGAAUUCGUUGCGUGAGACUAUGAGUCGUCUUGCUAUCAUCGAAGCAGAGCUAAAAGCUUCGAAAAGUGAGAAGGUCAUCUUGAAAGAUUCCCUGGACCGAGCACAGAUCGAAUUGAAAGCCCUGAAUGAGAAGCUAGCUCGUUGUAAAUCUACUGUUAAUCAACGGACUGGACAAACUGUGCUGAUUAAUUGAAAUACUGGGACAUAUAAUUGAUUUAAGAUAAAGAAUGUAAAUCUUUUUGCUUUAAACAAAUAAGAUUUGUUUCUAAGUGUGUUU